UAAAUGGCAGCAGCCGUGGGCCACCAGGAGCACAGAGAUGAUAUGGGGAACAUGCAGCUGCUCCUGCUGGCCAUCGGGCUGCGCCUGCCUUCUGUGGAGGGAGCUGAAAGCCUUCCUCUGACUCCUGCCCGCUCUGCGGAGCUUCUGGGAAACUGGUUCAUAAUGCACUGGACAGGAAACCUGCCUAUUCCUGAAGAGAAGUGGUCCCAUCCCCUACCUCCCUUCAGGUUCAUCAUAAACAAUAUGAAGAAGUUGGAGUUCAGGAUGAACAUCAUGAAACCCAUUGGAUGUGUUCUGUACAAGCUGCCACUGGACGUUGGAGCUGAACCUGGAAGCUUCCAAACCUGGUGGAAGCAUAUCAUCUACAUCUACUUCCUGCCAGGGAAAAGUCAUGCCAUCGCCUACUACAAGGGCUACAUGAACUUCAAGCACUACCAGAUGAUGAUGCUUAUGGGGCGCACCCUUGAUAAUGAUCCAGAUGCCUUGGGGAUCUUCAAGCAGUUUAUGCACAGCAAAGUGUCAGAAAAUGCAAUGUUCAUCACUCCUCCCCAGGCCGAUGCCUGUAAGUUGACCAGAGAGUCCUAGCGCCUGGACAGAGCGUUGCAGAAACUGCCCAACACGAGGAGCUGGGAUCGUGGCUGACUUUUGCCAGCUGCAGGCAAAACUCCCUGGAGCUGGAGAGCUGGACAUCCACACUUCCCUUUCAAUAAAGCUGGCUGAUGUCCCUGUC